AUGGAUUCAGUCUUUUCUGCUAUUGGAUCAUAUGUGGAUUGGGAUGUCAGAAGUCUGCUGCUCUUCUUAGCAGUUUUUAUCCUCACCACAGAUUACGUCAAAAACCGCCGGCCAGCCAGCUACCCUCCAGGACCUUUGGCUCUUCCAAUUGUGGGCAACAUAUUUUCUGUGGACCACAAGAGGACCCAUGAGAGUAUGACACAAGUAGGUCAACGCACAUACAAUUGAAAAAAAAAAAUAUCAGGUCAACUGAUAAGACUCUUUUUCUAUGAUCUAUGACAUUGAGCAGUUUUUUCUUCUUUCUUGAAUGAUUUCACAGUUAGCAAAGAAGUAUGGAGAUGUGUACAGCCUGCAAAUGGGCCAAGAGUGGCUGGUGGUCUUAAAUGGAUAUGAGGUUGUAAAAGAAGCUCUUAUAAAUCAGGGAGACAGUGUGGCAGACCGCCCAAAUCUCCCAAUACACCAGGACCCAAGCAAUGGACUAGGUGGGAGAACAUAAGCACACCUACAUCCACUCAGAGAUACAUCGAGCUUUCAUGCACACAUACUUCAAAUCACUACAGUUUGGUCCCAUAUAUACUUGAAACAAUAAGCCAACCCAAAGACAUAUUUGACUUGUUUGUGUAUUUCUUCCCAGGUGUCAUUGGCGUUAAUGGGCACAUGUGGAAGCAACAGAGACGUUUUAUGCUUUCAACCCUCAGAUACUUUGGUUUUGGCAAAAAGUCUCUUGAGCCAGUAAUCUUGGAUGAAUUCACACAUUGUGCUAAAGAGUUUCAAAGCUAUAAGGGUAAGUAGUAAAUGUGCUUUGACACAUUUAGGAAGAAAAUAAAUAUACAAAUUAAUUUAUCUUUCUAUUUUUAUGUGUAGGCAAGCCUUUGAAUCCCCGACACAUUCUCAACAAUGCUGUCUCCAACAUCAUCUGCUUUCUGGUUUUCGGGCAUCGCUUUGAGUACAAUGAUAAAAAGUUCCUGCAAAUGAUAGGCUGGUUCGAGACAGCACUCCAGAUUAAAAGCUCCAUUUGGGCACAGGUGCAGCAUUAAAAGACACUGAAGUAAUUUUGCUUGUCUGUCUGUGCUUCUGAAGCAUAGUCAGUGUUAAGCUGUACAUUAAAGAUGCAAGCCUUUCAAUGUGUAUAUACACUGCUCAAAAAAAUUAAAGGAACACUUUAAAGAGACCCAACAGAUACAUCAGAUCUCCAUGUGAAGUUGGAUAUCUAUACAGAUAACGACAGGGCAAUGUCUUUGGAACAAAAGGAUGCCAAAUCUUUUAAUGGGAAUAUACGUUUUCAGCCUACAGAGGGCUUAAUUGUGUAGACACCACAAAAAUCAGAGUGAAAUAAUGAUGUGGCAGGCUAGUCCAUUUUUUCAAAACUUCAUUUCUGCAACUCAAAAUGCUUCUCAAUAUCUUUUGUGGCCCCCACGUACUUGUAUACAUGCUUGACAACAUCUCGGCAUGCUCCUAAUGAGACUACGGAUGGUGUCUUGUGGCAUGUCCUCCCAGAUCUGUGUAAGGGCAUCCCUGAGCUGCUGUAAAGUCUGAGGAGCAACCUGGCAGUGCCAAAUGGACCGAAACAUAAUAUCCCAGAGGUGGUCUAUUGGGUUUAAGUCAGGGGAUCGUGAAGGCCAUUCAAUUGUAUCAAUUCCUUCAUCCUCCAGGUACUGCCUGCAUACUCUUGCCACAUGAGGCCGGGCAUUGUCGUGCAAUUGGAGGAAACCAGGACCUACUGCACCAGCAUAGGGUCUGACAGUGGGUUUAAGGAUUUCAUCUCGAUACCGAAUGGCAGUCAGACUACCAUUUUCUAGCCAGUAGAGGUCUGUGCGUCCCUUCAUGGAUAUGCCUCCCCAGACCAUCACUGACCCACCACCAAACCUGUCAUGUUGAACAAUGUUGCAGGCAGCAUAACGUUCUCCUUGUCUUCUCCAGACUCUUUCACAUCUAUCACAAGUGCUCAGGGUGAACCUGCUCUCGUCUGUGAAAAGUACAGGGCGCCAGUGGCAGAUUUGCCAAUUCUGGUGUUCUCAAGCAAAUGCCAGUCGAGCUCCACGGUGCUGGGCAGUGAGCACAGGGCCCAUUACAGGACGUCGGGCCCUCAGGCCACCUUCAUGAAGUCUGUUCCUGAUUGUUUGGGCAGAGACAUUCACACCAGUGGCCUGCUGGAGGUCAUUCUGUAGGGCACGAGCAGUGCUCAGCCUGUUCCGCCUUGCACAAAGGAGCAGGUAUCGGUCCUGCUGAUGGGUUGAGGACCUUCUACGGCCCUGCCCAGCUCUCCUACAAUAACUGCCAGUCUCCUGAAAUCUCCUUCAUGUUCUGGAGAUUGUGCUGGGAGACACUUAAAUCUUCUUGCUACAGCACGUGUGGAUGUGCCAUCCUGGAGGAGUUGGACAACCUGUGCAACUUCUGUAGGGUCAAGGAAUCGCCUCAUACUGCCAGUAGUGAUAAUGACGCAAGCCAAAACCAGCACUAGUGGAAAACCAGCCAAAAAAGAUCAAGAGGGAGAAACUUGAAAUGACCUCCACAUGUAAAACCAGUCCUGUUUUGGGGGUUUUCUCAUUGUUGCCACUGUAGUGCACCUGUCGUUAAUUCAGAUAAUUAACGGAUAAAACAGAUAAUUAUCAGACAGGUUUAAUUGAUCUCAUGCCAGGCUCAAUAAAAAAGUGUUCCUUUAAUUUUUUUGAGCAGUGUAUAUAUCCCACUGUAUUUGGAACUUAGCUUGAGAUUGAAAUGUGUAAAAUGAACAAGUUGUGAAACACUGACUGAUACAAUCAAAAACUCAUUCACUGUUAUUUUUAAUAUGUUCUCUGCAGCUUUAUAACUCAUUCCCUGUGCUGAUGAGAUGUUUACCAGGACCACAUAAGGAAAUGGUGCGCAUUUGGGAUAAUGCCAAGAACUUUAUAAGGGAAGAGCUUGAGAAUCACAAAAAAAACUGGGACCCCUCUGACCACAGAGAUUAUAUCGACUGCUACUUGACCGAAAUCCAGACGGUAAAUAUACUGCCAAAGUUUGAAAGUCUCUCCUUUGACAGACUCAGUACCACCACCUGUUGUUUGAUUUUCAUAAUAUGACAUUUAAACCUUUUCAGUGGUACAAGUUCAGGUUAUCAUAGAUGUAUUUGUGCUGCUGUUUAAAUCAUUUUAAUACACAUAACUAAAUAAUUUCUCAGACUAAAGGGCAGCCUGACAACACUUUUGACGAGGAAAACCUGGUAAUGUGUGGCUUUGAACUGUUUGUGGCUGGCUCUGAAACCACAUCCACCACCCUACGCUGGGCCUUCCUCUACAUGGCAAAGUACCCUGAGAUCCAGGGUAAGUGAUGUGCAUAUUUAUGAGAAAAAUACAUAAUGGAGGUAAUUUUGUUGCUGACAACAUCAAAUCCCCCACAUCAGGUAAUUUUCUUUCUUUUAUUUCUCUUAUGAAAUAACACUAUUUAAUCACCCCUGUCACUCACAUCUACAACUCUCUGAAACAAAGUGAUACGUAAAACUAGGAAAAUUUCCUCUUGAAAUUUUUAAAAGGCAAUGGAGGUUACUGCCAGGGUGUGUUCAUUAUGAGGAGAUUCUUCAGAGAUUUCAAAUAUUUCAUUCUACAAGCAUUGUAAUAAUAUCAUAUACAAGGAGCACACGUACAACAAACAUUCCUUUUCAAGUUUUGAUUUACACAACAGAAAAAACUGAGCUUGAGCGGUAGAGGUUUGAAAAACCUCAAUGAUUGCUUUUUUUUUGCAUGUCCUAUUGACUUCAAGGCAAAAUUUAUCUGCAGUUUUUCGUGACUUACAUCAUGAAAAAUUCAUAUACAUAGAAACGUAAUAAUAAUAAUAAUAAUAAUAAUAAUAAGUUAUAAUCCUGACCAAACAGCACGUUUUGAUAUAUACUUUGUCCUACGACUCUUCUAUCUACAAUAGUGCCUUGGGGGCAACCUUUUGGAUCAUCUAUUCACAAAUCUUGAUCUGUACUUUUAUUGCCUUUGAUAUCAUAUUUUUUAACUCUUGUCUAAUUACUUUCUUCCAGCAAAGGUUCAAGCUGAGAUAGAUGGAAUGAUUGGACAGUCUAGACAGCCGUCAAUGGAUGAUCGUGUAAACCUCCCCUAUACUGACGCUGUCCUCCAUGAGAUCCAGAGAAUGGGCAACAUAGUUCCUCUCAGCUUGCCUCACAUGACCACCAAGGAUGUCCAGCUGGGAGGCUACACUGUCCCAAAGGUCACUUAUCAUCGACAAACUUUGAAUUUUGUAUCAUAUCAUAUCGUAUCGUAUCGUAUUGUAUCACAUUACAUCAUAUCACAUCACAUCAUAUCAAUUCCAUCAAAUUCUAUUCUAUUCAACAGGGAACAACAAUUAUUCCCAAUUUAACCUCUGUACUAUUUGACAAGAAUGAGUGGGAGACGCCAUACACCUUCAACCCAGGACACUUUCUGAAUGAGGAGGGCAAGUUUGUGAAGAAAGCUGCUUUCAUGCCUUUCUCUGCAGGUAAGGUUAUGGUGUCUGCCCUUCAUACAAGUGCAACUUAACAAAUAAGAAUAUUGAGGAAACUAUUUUCAUCACAAUCUAAUUAAACUUUUAUAUAUUCUCUACAUUCAUUACUUGUAAAAUGAGAUAUUUCAUGCCCUAUUUGACGAGAUUUUUAUGAUUAUGAUUUAUUGAUCAUCAGAAUUAAAUAUCUAGUUUUUCAGAUUAUCUGAACUUUUUUUACCGAUCGGUCAGGUGUCCCUCAUCUUCCUCUUGACAAUAUCCCUCAGACUCUUUAACACAUUAAACUUUUUCACGAUGUGAUUUUUAAAGACUCACAGGUUGAAUGAAAAAUGUGAGGAACUGUAUGAGUUUUUAUAGGUGUUUGUUAGAAAAAUCUUUCUUAAAUGACAGGAGGCAGACAGACUUCAGGAUAUCUAUAGAAUGUAGUACAUCUAAUUCUUGCAAGAAUGGAGCACAAACAAUGCAUCAAGCAGAUACACAGAAGUGGUCCCUCUUUGUAUUUUUUUUUCCCUUUUAUUUCUAAAUAAUGUCAACAGACAAUUUUACAAUUAACACUUGCCCUUGGUUUCAUUUUAUUCGUCAUGUGUCUGCUGUCCUUGCACAAUCUAAACAUUGCAGUGACCUUGUCCUUCACAUUAUCAUUAUUUUACGACCUGUAUGCACAACUUGCACAGCAUUUUUCCAUCAGUUUUAUUCAGGAAGUCGUGUUAAUAUAUGCUAAUAUGUGAAAAAAAGAGUGGACUAUCUAUACCACAAUAAUUGAUAUUUUGAAUAUAUAACUUUAAAUGAUUUUAAGUUUUUCAUUGUAUUUUCGUGUUCUAGGUAAGCGGCUUUGCCUUGGGGAGAGCCUGGCAAGGAUGGAGCUUUUCCUGUUCUUCACCUCCUUUAUGCAGCAUUUUACCUUUUCCAUGCCUGAGGGGGUGGAGCCUGUGACCGAUUCCUUUUUUGGCAUUACUCGAGCACCAUGGCAGUAUGAAAUCUGUGCAGUGUCACGCUGA